UCCAGGUUUCUUUUUCACAAGUAAGCCCCGUAUUUAUAGGCGUGUCAACAGAGUUUAAAUACUUCAGCGUAAUUCGUUGCUUAUACUUUUUCACGAGGGUGAAAGAAUCACAUAGGCUACUGCGUGGUGUCUUGAACUUUACAAAAUGGCAAACACAGAUCAACUUGAUAAUGACAAUGUCUUUUCCGUGGGUGUAAGUUCAUAUGGAGGAGAGGAGGUCAGUCAUGAUGGACACAUUAACAUACAAGACCUGACAAUCAUGAUUGAGGAAAAUGCAUCUCAAAUUCGUAACGAUUUUUUACAAAUAAAUAGAAACUAUAAUUUAAGGAUUCUCGACUAUCUGUCAAAAGAAAUCCCUGAUUAUCCAACCCCUGUUGAGUUUCACAUCUCUGAGGUGACUCAUGUCACUAACAAACAUGGUUUUCAGGAAAUCUUGAAUUCAGAGGGAUUCAAGGCAAGAGAAUAUAAAGAUGAUACGUUCUCAUGGUGGAGCCUGAAGAUCAAUGAAGAGAAUAUAAAUGAAGCCGAGGAGCGUUAUCUAGAGGAGAUGUUCCCAGACAGAACCCAAGAGCAAAGAGAAAAUCAGGAGACAUUCCUGAAUAAAUUCACAACAUCACCUGCAUUCGACAUUCAGAAAUCACGCUAUGGUAACUUUCGGUUCACAUUUCCUCUGAAUGAACUGAUGGAAGCAUACAAGAAUCAAAAGUGUGGAGUGAAAGAUCCGGUUCUCAGGGCAUACAAGACCACAUUUUAUAAACAAGAGAUUAUGUAUGUUGUUCUCAUUCACAGCCCAGAGGACAAUGAGAAGUUUGAGAAAUUCCCAGAGAUUGAAUCCAGUUUAUUAUUUGAUUAUAAUAAUGAUACAAUUAUCUGGAAAGCACAAGCAAUUUGUGAAAACCAUGAAUAUCAGUUGCUAUUGGAUGAAGAGAAUAGAAUAGCAGAGACUGAACAUAUUAUCAACCAGUUCUACGUGUGGGAUCAUGUUGCCUUGGCGUUUCACUUCAACGGAGUUCUACAUUUCCCUAAAGAAAAGCUUAAAGAGAGCAUCACCUGUUGUGAAAUAGACACAAUAAACCUUUCACGAAGUGAGCGCUUGUCACUUGAAGAAGCUGAAGAAAUAAAACACCAUUAUACUUCCAUGUAAACCUAGGACAAUCAUGAAAUGACCCAUGACAUAUCCAGUUCACAUGCACUGUGUGAUGAAUGAAACAUACUGAAAAACAUAUGUUAAUCAUGUUAGGAAGAGUUUCUACAAUCUUUUUUAAAUAACCAAUCAGAAUCUUAGAAAAACUAAAGAUGAUGUAGCCUACAUAAAUUCUUGUGUAUACAGUAU